CGCACGCUCCUACUCGCACGCCUUCACGGAUCAUCAGGAGCCAGCCCACCACCGAAGCUGCUCUCACAAGGAGGAAACUGAAUUAGACAAGUUCUUCUUCCCCAGUCGAAGAGGAGGAGGAGGACCGGACAGGACAGGAGGGGCCGGCCAUCGGCUCUACUUUGCUUCCGUGUCUGCAGCCGGGCCCCAGCAGGAGUCUCCUCUGCGUGCCCCCCCGGUAACAGGAGCCAUGUCCGGACACACCGUGACCAUCCCGGACGACCGGGCGUUCGCCAGCUUCAAGGCCGAGUGUCUGUGCGAGGAGGGCUGGAGGAUGAGCUGCAACAAGGGAGGCAUCACCGUGUGGACCCAGGGGCUGGAGGAGGGACACUCCGUCCACCAGAUCAAGUGUCGGAUGGUGUGCAAGGACGUCUCAGCUGAGACCAUGUACGACGUGCUCCAUGACAUCGAAUAUAGACGGAAAUGGGACGCAAACGUCAUAGAGACUUUCGACAUCGGGAAACUCACGGUCAAUGCGGAUGUCGGUUACUAUUCAUGGAAGUGUCCAAAACCUCUUCAGAACCGUGAUGUCAUCACACUUCGUUCCUGGCUGCCAAUGGGGAAAGAUUAUAUCAUCAUGAACUACUCCGUCAAACAUGUUAAAUACCCUUCGAAAAAGGACAUGGUGCGAGCUGUGUCCAUUCAGACUGGCUACAUGAUCCAGAGCCAGGGGCCCAAGGCCUGUACCCUUACGUACAUGGCCAACAUAGAUCCACGAGGUUCAUUACCCAAGUGGGUUGUCAACAAGUCUUCUCACUACCUUGCUCCUCGCGCAAUGAAGAAGAUCAACAAAGCCGGUUUGAAGUAUUCGGAGUGGAAGCAGAAACACAACCCUGGGUAUAAGCCGUGGCUCUACCCUGAGCAGACUACAUUACCCAGCAUCCCACUCUCUGAGCUCAGCAUCCAGCGUGCAGAGAGCCUGGAGAAUAUUGAUGAAAGCUCACUGGCCGAGACUCAGGAGAGAGACGACAGCGACUAACGCACACGCGCACACACACGCGCACACACACACACACACACACACACAUAUAUUUGCAUACGCCGAUAUACUGACAGUCACAUGUAUGUAAGCACUCAUGCACACAAACCAAAUCAUACUUCACCUUCUUGAUCCCAUGCUUUCAUACAUAAUAUAUAAACACACACAUAUACAGUCAUGCAUCAUAGAUGCACUUACAUCUACAAACCCACCCACCCACUCAAAAGGGGCUGCAAGACUUAUGUGAUUUCUCUAUCAACAUUUUCUAAUCACGGCCUAUGAAGAUUAUAAGAGUAAAAGUACUGUAUAGUAUUUUCACUGAGAGUCACUGAUAUGAACUAUGAACAAUAUGAAAAAAUAUGAACAAUGGAUUUCAAAAUUCGACUUCUCUCCUGGGAAAACACUGGUGCAACCCCUAAUGGUGAUGUACACAGUUAGAACAUACUCAUAUAGACAAAUGGACACACACACAAGCACAUACACACACUGUUCAUUGAAACUACAUUCAUGCUCUCAGACAUGCCCAUGUUGCCUCCCUGGCACUCAUGUUUCUCUGUCACAUUUUGUAAGCACAUGAUAAAUAUGCAGGUGUGAAGAAGGCAGCUGGAACAACAAACCCUAACCUGCAACACCCCUAUCUCACACACACACACGCUCAC